UUUAUACACGCACAUCCUUUUCCAGUUCCACCCUUUAAUAAUCUGGGAGAAUAAGUAGAGAAAUUUAAUUACAACGGUCAAAUGGAUGGUUACUAGCCAGAUGUGCAGCUCAAGGCCGCAUUCACAAACUUUAAGCACUAUUAUUCCCUCGUAUGGCCAAUUUUACGUUGACCUCUUGCGCAAAUGCUUGGAAUCCUCCAACUUACUCCGUGGAAGAGCCAUUCAUGCCAAGCUCUUCAAAAUCCUUCUUCCUUCCGUGUACCUCCAUAACCACCUUCUGAACUUUUAUGCCAAAUGUGGACGGCUAAACUAUGCUCUCAAGCUGUUCGACCAAAUGUGUGAGAGGAAUGUCGUUUCCUGGUCCGCCAUUAUUUCUGGUUUUGUGCAACAUGGUUGUUCCCACCAAGCUCUUUCUUUAUUUUCCCGUAUGCAGCAUGAUUCUAUGGUAGCCCCCAACGAGUUUACAGUCGUUAGUGCGCUCCAUGCUUGCUCCUUAUCAGAGAAUCCGAUCCAUUUGUACCAAAUGUAUGGGCUUAUCGUUCGAUUAGGAUUUGAAUCCAAUGUGUUUGUGGUCAAUGCAUUUGUAACAGCUCUGAUUCGGCAUGGAAAGCUGUUAGAGGCUAAAGAAGUUUUUGAAGGGUGUCCAAAUAAGGAUACCGUGUCUUGGAAUGCAAUGAUGUCCGGGUUCUUGAAGCAUUCUUAUUUCCAAUUACCGAGUUUUUGGUAUCAGAUGAUUUCUGAGGGCUUCAAGCCCGAUCACUUCACUUUUGCUACCGUAUUUACUGGAUUGGCUUCUAUUUUUGAUCUCAGCAUGGGUUUGCAAGUCCAUGGACAGCUUGUAAAGAGUGGUCAUGGUGCUGAUAUUUGUGUUGGAAACUCUUUGUGUGAUAUGUACAUGAAGAACUGGAGGGUGUCUGAUGGUUCCAAGGCUUUUCAUGAAAUGACUUGUGCAGAUGUGCGCUCUUAUACUCAGAUGGCUGCUAAUUAUCUACACUGUGGGAAUCCAGGCAAAGCACUUGAACUUCUUACUGAGAUGCUGAAGAUGGGUUUGAUGCCCAACAAGUUCACUCUUGCCACCGCAUUCAAUGCUUGUGCGGACUUGCCUUCCUUGGAGGAUGGGAAAAGGUUCCAUGGCCUAAGAAUCAAACUUGGUUCUCAGGUUGAUAUCUGUGUGGAUAAUGCUUUACUUGAUAUGUAUGCAAAAUCUGGAUGCAUGGAUGAAUCAUGGGUUGUUUUUAAUUCAAUGCCUAAUCGAUCUGUUGUUUCAUGGACAGCCAUGAUUAUGGGUUGUGCACAAAAUGGUCAAGCUAGAGAAGCUCUGGAGUUUUUUGAUGAUAUGAGAAUGGAAGGUGUAGAACCAAAUCAUAUCACCUUCAUUUGUGUGCUUUAUGCAUGUAGCCAAGGAGGGUUUAUUGAUGAAGGGCGGAAAUAUUUCUCCUCCAUGGCUAAGGACCAUAGAAUCUCCCCAGGAGAAGAUCACUAUGCGUGUAUGGUGAAUCUACUCGGCCGUGCUGGGCAUAUUAGGGAAGCUGAGGAAUUGAUCUUAAGAAUGCCAUUUAAACCAGGUGUGCUUGUUUGGCAGACAUUACUCGGUGCUUGUGAGCUUCAUGGGGAGAUGGAAAUUGGAAAGAGAGCAGCAAAGCGUGCAAUUGAUUUGGAUGGAAUUGACCCUUCAAGUUAUGUUUUGUUGUCUAACAUGUUUGCUGGUCUGAAGAAUUGGGAAAGUGUGAGGAUGUUGAGAAAACUAAUGGAGAAUAGGGAUGUGAAGAAGGUGCCUGGAUCCAGUUGGAUUGAAGUAGAAAAUGUUUGCUCUGUUAAUCCAGCUUGAUGGCACUUUCUAUUUCCUUUUUUUUUGUUUGGGAUAUAUACUAAAAUUUCCCUUAA